CAGCGCGCCCGGCAGCGGCGCCAUCGCCCGGCCCCAUGGCGGAGACCAAGGAAACACAUGAGGAGCAUGAUACUUCAACUGAAAAUGCAGAUGAUUCCAACCAUGAUCCUCAGUUUGAACCCAUAGUUUCACUUCCUGAGCAAGAAAUAAAGACCCUGGAAGAGGAUGAGGAAGAACUUUUUAAGAUGCGAGCAAAGCUAUUCCGAUUUGCAUCUGAAAAUGACCUUCCUGAAUGGAAAGAACGAGGAACUGGUGAUGUAAAACUCCUGAAGCACAAGGAGAAGGGAACAAUUCGCCUCCUCAUGAGGAGGGAUAAAACCCUAAAAAUCUGUGCAAACCAUUAUAUCACACCCUUAAUGGAGCUGAAGCCUAAUGCUGGCAGUGACAGGGCAUGGGUCUGGAACACACAUGCUGACUUUGCAGAUGAAAGCCCUAAGCCCGAACUUCUGGCAAUCCGCUUUCUAAACGCAGAAAAUGCACAGAAAUUCAAGGCAAAAUUUGAAGAAUGCAGAAAUGAGGUAGACAAGAGAGCAAAGAAGGCAGGCACAGACAAAAAUGAUAGCGCUGAUAAAGUUGCUGAAAAACUAGAAGAGCUAUCUGUAAAGGAAGAGAGUAAAGAAUCUGAGAAGAAAGAGACCAAGGAAAAAACUGAAGAAAAGCAAUAAAUCAUCUUGGGCCUUGUGGUUUUUCCUUUACUUUUUUUUUYYUUUYYUUUUUUUUAAUUUUUACAAGGGACUUUAUAAGAAACUGAAUUCAAUGUUCAGAUUGUUUUUUCUAAGCUUUUGCCCUUUUGAAGAUGUCUUCAGAAAAUCCAUUCCCCAGUCAUGAAAAUGUACUGUGCUAACUUUCUUUUCCAUAGUGGAAACACUUAUUUAUAGUCAUCCAAAAGAGUGAAUAAAACAAACUUGAAAACAGCAUCAGAGGGCAGAACUGAGUUUUCUGUAUACUUUAAAGGCUUGUGAAAACAGUUGUUUCACUGGGUGUUGAGAUGCCUAUCUUUAUACGUGUGGAUUAACUAGGUUGACAGACUUUACUACAGGGAAGAUUAAGAUUACAUACAUGUUUCUUACAUGGCUUGUAAACUCUAAUAAUGGACCUUUCACUUUUUUUCCCUGUUUACCUCCUCUGUUUCUGAGCAGGGAGCAUGCCCAUGAUUCUUGAAAUGCAGCAGACUUCUGGAAUCAGGAGGUGAUAGAGGACAGGACUUCUGGCACACUAAUGAUGCCUCAUUGGACAGUAUAAGUAAAGGUGGGGGAAGAAAAGUAUUACAUAGACUUAAGUAGUUUUUUCUUAUGAAAUAAAAACUAGCACUCCCCUCUUUUGAAAUGAAUUAGUUAAUCCAAGCAAAACUGCUUAGGUCUAGCACAAAGGUGUAACUGUGGUCCCASAUAUUUCAUGAUGUGCUACUUGCUGACUUGAGGUAGUAUCAGCCUUUUAUAUAAAGGAGUAAACGAAGGAACCUUAAGUGUUGAAGUAGCUUACUGUGAUAUGUAUUAUUUCAGCAUGUCACAAUAUUACACUCUAAGAUCUUUAAGCUUUUUUCAGGGCUUGCUUUGCUUUUAUAAAUAGGAAGUUUUUUUCUAAAAUGUGUAAUGGGAGGCUGUCCCCCUUAGAGGGAGAAGCUCUGCCAUUUGCUUUAAGGUAAUUAGGUUGUGCACCCUUGAAGGGAGCUACCUGUGACCAAAUGGGCAAAUUGAUCAAAUUCCUUUAGGUGCUUUCUGUUUUAUCCAGUUUCAAGYGACUGCUAAGUGAGAGAAAAGGAAAUAGAGCAAAUAACAAAAUGAACAUAUUUUUUAAUAAAAAUUGCUGACCACUAAUAGAAAAGUAGCAAGGGAAUCUUCAAUAACUGUUUACAAAAUUAUGAAGACUGGGCAAAACUUAACUUUAAGAUUGUCUGAUGUUUAUAUUGGAUAGCAAGACCUUUUAUCUGUUUAAGAAGCUUCCCAAGUAGGUCAAGCUCUGUAGUCCACCUGAGAAAAAUAUAUUUCAAAGUUAUCUUCUAUUUAGCACUAACUUUUGAUGCUAUAGUGAAUUAGCUUUAAAUAUGGAGCUAUAAUUAAGGUACUCACUCUAUUCAAAGUAAUUCCUUUGGUGUUCAUGUUCUCCCUGUACAACAGAUAUCAGAAGUCUGUUUAAUUAACAAAGAUGGUUGAAAAGUAAAAUAAAAUGCUCUUUAGUGUUUCUGGUUUGGAAAUACAAGUUAAAGCUAUUCUUAAUUAUUUAACAUUUGAAUGUACAAGCCAAAACUUUAUCUGUGAGUCACUGUAAAUUAUCUGAUCUGAUAAUGUCAGUGUGUCUAAAUUGAUAGAAAUGACACUCAAAAAUAAAUAUAAAUUUUCAUUUAAAGGAUUUGUUUUUUAUUUGAAGAACUCUUACUGAAAUACUUUGUCCUGCAGACUACAAAAGUAUGGAAAAGGCAAAAUGGACUGUUGUGAUUUUGAUAUCAAGCAUAGUAUGGAGGGGAGGCAGAAACAUUAAAAAGACUUUAGUUGGGACAUAACCUUAAACAUGAAGUUUGACAACUUUGUUUCAUUACCAUUUUCUUCACUUCCCCAUUUUUACUUAAUCAUAUGGUUUUCGGACAUUUCACUUGUUCCUUAGGUUAACUGAUGCAUACUUAUGGUUCAUGAGUGAGUUAAUGUAAGYCUAAUAUCUCAAAGAUAAAUUGCAAGAGGUAACUUAUCAAGUCCUGCAAAGUAAAAUAACUUCUCUGGAUAGCAUUUUACUGAGGAAUGUCUUAAUCAUUUAAAUUAAAGAUUGGUUAGUCAUUGUUCUAGUCCCUUUAGAAGCCAUAAGUGUGCUGCUCUGCAGAUUAGAGGCAAGUAUUUUUGAAGGUUAAUAUUGGUGAAAAGUAUUUYGUGUAAGUCAUUCUGAUAAACUUUCCUAUAUGUAGCAUAGAUUAUCAAGGGAUGUCCUUGAGAAUUUUUUUUUAGUUCACUGAAAACCAGGUAUUUUAGGGUUUUAGUUGUUCAUAGUUUAGUUCAUUUUUUUCCAAGCUCACAAGGUAUUAAACA